CAACCUCACCACCACCACCACUCGCCUCCGACGAGCUCCUCCUCCCUCUCACUCUCACCUGCGUUUGUCGCCGGCGGCGAGGAAGAAGAAGAAGAGAGAGAGAGAAGAUGGUGGGGAUGUUGCCGGAGACGAAUGCGCAGGCGGCGGCGGAGGAGGUGCUGGGCGACGCGUGGGACUACCGGGGGCGGCCGGCGGCGAGGUCGCGGACGGGGAGGUGGGGCGCGGCGGCGAUGAUACUGGUGGCGGAGCUGAACGAGCGGCUGACGACGCUGGGGAUCGCCGUGAACCUGGUCACCUACCUGACGGCGACGAUGCACGCCGGCAACGCCGAGGCCGCCAACGUCGUCACCAACUUCAUGGGCACCUCCUUCAUGCUCUGCCUCCUCGGCGGCUUCGUCGCCGACUCCUUCCUCGGCCGCUACCUCACCAUCGCCAUCUUCACCGCCGUCCAAGCCUCGGGGGUGACGAUCCUGACGAUCUCGACGGCGGCGCCGGGGCUGAGGCCGGCGGCGUGCGCGGCGGGGUCGGCGGCGUGCGAGCGCGCGACGGGGGCGCAGAUGGGGGUGCUGUACCUGGCGCUCUACCUGACGGCGCUGGGCACCGGCGGGCUCAAGUCGAGCGUCUCCGGCUUCGGCUCCGACCAGUUCGACGAGUCGGACUCCGGCGAGAAGUCGCAGAUGAUGCGGUUCUUCAACUGGUUCUUCUUCUUCAUCAGCCUCGGCUCGCUGCUCGCCGUCACCGUGCUCGUCUACGUCCAGGACAACCUCGGCCGGCCGUGGGGGUACGGCGCGUGCGCCGCCGCCAUCGCGGCGGGGCUCGUCGUGUUCCUCGCCGGGACGCGGAGGUACAGGUUCAAGAAGCUGGUGGGGAGCCCCCUGACGCAGAUCGCCGCCGUCGUCGUCGCCGCGUGGCGGAAGCGCCGCCUCGAGCUCCCCUCCGACCCCGCCAUGCUCUACGACAUCGACGUCGGCAAGCUCGCCGCCGCCGAGGUCGAGCUGGCCGCCUCCUCCAAGAAGAGCAAGCUCAAGCAGCGACUCCCCCACACCAAGCAAUUCAGGUUCUUGGACCAUGCGGCGAUCAACGACGCGCCGGACGGCGAGCAGAGCAAGUGGACGCUGGCGACGCUGACGGACGUGGAGGAGGUGAAGACGGUGGCGAGGAUGCUGCCGAUCUGGGCGACGACGAUCAUGUUCUGGACGGUGUACGCCCAGAUGACCACCUUCUCCGUGUCCCAGGCGACCACCAUGGACCGCCACAUCGGCGCCUCCUUCCAGAUCCCGGCGGGCUCCCUCACCGUCUUCUUCGUCGGCUCCAUCCUCCUCACCGUGCCCAUCUACGACCGCCUCGUCGUGCCCGUGGCGCGGCGCGCCACCGGCAACCCGCACGGGCUCACCCCGCUCCAGCGCAUCGGCGUCGGGCUGGUGCUGUCCAUCGUCGCCAUGGUGUGCGCCGCGCUGACGGAGGUGAGGCGGCUCCGCGUGGCGAGGGACGCGCGCGUCGGCGGCGGCGAGGCCGUGCCCAUGACCGUGUUCUGGCUGAUCCCGCAGUUCCUGUUCGUCGGCGCCGGCGAGGCGUUCACCUACAUCGGCCAGCUCGACUUCUUCCUCCGCGAGUGCCCCAAGGGGAUGAAGACGAUGAGCACGGGGCUGUUCCUGAGCACGCUCUCGCUGGGGUUCUUCGUCAGCUCGGCGCUCGUCGCCGCCGUCCACAAGCUCACCGGCGACCGCCACCCCUGGCUCGCCGACGACCUCAACAAGGGCCAGCUCCACAAGUUCUACUGGCUCCUCGCCGGCGUCUGCCUCGCCAACCUCCUCGUAUACCUCGUCGCCGCCAGGUGGUACAAGUACAAGGCCGGCCGCGCCGCCGCCGCCGGCGACGGCGGCGUCGAGAUGGCCGACGCCGAGCCAUGCCUCCACUGAUCCACACCGUCCAUCCAUCCAUCCAUCAGACGGCUACGAUUUCUUCUUCGCAUCUUGUACUAUAUAUAUACUAGUAUACUACUAGUACGUACGUACGUACGUGUGUACCAAGCGAGGCGUGUAUGCGUAUACGUAUACGUGUACGUGUGCCUGCGUGUAGUAUAAUGGAAUUAAUAACUUGUUAGAGGGGGGAAACAGUAAAAAAAAUGACGAAAUUAAUGGUGGGGAUUAGGGAGAGAUUUUUAAGGGUGGUGGUGGUGGGGUCGGGGUGUCAGUGACUCGAGGUUGGUGCAUUUUGUGUCGUGUGGGAGAGUCUUCGUGGUGUGGUAAAAAAAAAGAGAACACCACGGCUUCAUCAGUGUACAAUCAUCCGAUCGAAAGGAAAAGAUGAAAAAAUUGCGUGCUUUUCAUUAACCUACAAAA